CGCCGGACCCGGACCCGGAAGCGGCUGCGCGGCCCCGCGGCGGCGGCGCCGGUACGUGUGCCCAUGCAGCAAGAUGGAGAGGAGAUAGUAGAGUGAGGAGGUGCCCUGUGACAGCAUGGCUUUCCUGGACAACCCCACCAUCAUCCUGGCGCACAUCCGGCAGUCGCACGUCACCAGCGAUGACACGGGCAUGUGCGAGAUGGUGCUGAUCGACCACGACGUGGACCUGGAGAAGUUCAACCCCUGCUCCGCCUUCGGGGACAGCGGGCCAGAGCCGCAGGGCAGCAACGGGGACACUCAGGGCUAUGUCUAUUCCCAAUCUGUCGACAUUACCUCAAGCUGGGACUUUGGGAUCAGGAGGCGAUCCAACACAGCUCAGAGACUAGAACGUCUGCGGAAAGAGAGACAAAAUCAAAUAAAAUGCAAAAACAUUCAGUGGAAAGACAGAAAUACUUCUUACUCAGCAGAGGAGCUGAGCUCACUGUUUGAAAAGAAGAAUUUCAGAGUGAAGUCCCCAUGUUCUGGGAAGCAGUCCAUCCUCUCUGUGAGACUGGAGCAGUGUCCCCUGCAGCUCAACAACCCCUUCAACGAGUACUCCAAGUUUGAUGGCAAGGGCCAUGUUGGUACAACAGCAACCAAAAAAAUCGAUGUCUACCUCCCACUGCACAGCAGCCAGGACAAGCUGCAGCCCAUGACCGUGGUGACCAUCGCCAACGCCAAGGUGCACGACCUGAUCGGGCUCAUCUGCUGGCAAUAUACAAGUGAGGGACGGGAACCCAAGCUGAAUGACAAUGUCAAUGCCUACUGCCUGCACAUCGCCGAGGACGACGGCGAGGUUGACACCGACUUCCCCCCGCUGGACUCCAACGAGCCCAUCCACAAGUUUGGCUUCAGCACCCUGGCCCUGGUGGAGAAGUACUCGUCCCCAGGGCUGGCAGCCAAGCAGUCGCUCUUCGUGCGCAUAAAUGCUGCUCAUGGAUUCUCACUUAUUCAGGUGGACAGUAUGAAGGUCACCAUGAAGGAUAUCUUACAAAAGGCCUUAAAGAGAAGGAAGGGAUCACAGAGAGGCUCAGGUCCUCAGUAUCGGCUGGAGAAGCAGAGUGAACCUAAUGUCCCAGUAGAUUUAGACUGUACCUUGGAGAGCCAGAGCACUUUGGAAUUCUGCCUUGUCCGGGAGAACAGCUCGAGAGGAGAAGAGGUGUCCGAGGAGGAUCCCCAGAUCGACAUUGCCACGGUGCAGGACAUGCUCAGCAGCCACCACUACAAAUCCUUCAAAGUCAGCAUGAUCCACCGGCUGCGCUUCACCACGGACGUGCAGUUAGGUAUUUCUGGAGACAAGGUAGAGAUAGACCCUGUUACUAAUCAGAAGGCCAGCACUAAGUUUUGGAUUAAGCAGAAACCCAUUUCAAUCGAUUCUGAACUCCUCUGUGCCUGUGACCUUGCGGAAGAAAAAAGCCCAAGUCAUGCAAUAUUUAAACUUACAUAUCUAAGCAAUCAUGACUACAAACACCUUUACUUUGAAUCAGAUGCUGCUACUGUCAAUGAAAUCGUACUGAAGGUUAACUAUAUUCUAGAGUCACGAGCAAGCACAGCCAGAGCAGAUUAUUUUGCUCAGAAACAAAGAAAACUGAGCAGGAGAACAAGCUUUAGCUUCCAGAAGGAGAAGAAGUCGGGCCAGCAGUGAGGCUGAGCCUCGAGGAGAGCCCGUGUGCCGCUCCCCGCCCGCGCUGCAGCUGGGACUGUGCUGCUCCUGCAGCUGGGACUGUGCAUCUCCUGCAGCUGGGACU